GGGAUUCUGCUGGGGAGGAGGAGGAAAGCGAGACAGGAGCCUCAGUCCCAACCCAUCCCUGCAGCUGGGAUCCUCUUGGCUCGGUGGGUUUGAUUCGGGGAGGAUGUGAAUGGUGGAUUUUCUGCUUCUGCUGGGAAACAUCUGUCGCAGUCGGGCUUUAAAACAAUGUUUUUAUGCGUUUUGGGUGGAUUUCUAACCAUCUGACUGAUUACUGAAGGGAUUAAAGGAGCGUGUGAGGCGGAGGAGAGCCAUCCAUGAUGUGACUGCGACGCUUUAGCCGGAAUAAAGAAAGAAAAGAAUGCGCCCCAGCUGCGUCUUUGCGCAGAGAUCUGACUGAAUUCAGGGGAAAGUGCGCCGGGAGAGGAGCAGCAUGUCGGCGGUGAUGAUCACCCGGAAGGUGCGGAAAUGGGAGAAGCUGCCGGGGAAGAACACGUUCUGCUGCGACGGCCGGGUGAUGAUGGCCCGCCAGAAGGGGGUCUUCUACCUGACCCUGUUCCUCAUCGUCGGAACCUGCUCCCUGUUCUUCGCCUUCGAAUGUCCGUACCUGGCUGUCCAUCUGUCUCCUGCCAUCCCUGUGUUCGCCGUCUUCCUCUUCCUGUUCGUCAUGGCGUUUCUCCUGAGGACGAGCUUCAGCGACCCCGGGGUUCUGCCGCGGGCUCUUCCAGAGGAGGCCAGUUUCAUAGAGAUGGAGAUCGAGGCUGCUAACGGAAACGUCCCAGCUGGUCAGCGACCCCCGCCUCGAAUCCGGAACGUCCAAAUCAACAACCAGAUCGUGAAGCUCAAGUACUGCUACACCUGCAAGAUCUUCAGGCCGCCGCGGGCGUCUCACUGCAGCAUCUGUGACAACUGCGUCGACCGUUUCGAUCACCACUGUCCAUGGGUGGGCAACUGUGUGGGCAAGAGGAACUACAGAUACUUCUACCUGUUCACCCUGACCCUUUCCCUGCUCACCAUUUACAUCUUCACCUUCGACAUCGUCCACGUGGUCAUGCGCUCAGUAGAUCAAGGCUUUUUGAACACCUUGAAGGAAACACCUGGAACGGUGCUGGAAGUUCUGGUGUGUUUCUUCACCCUGUGGUCGGUGGUGGGACUGACUGGCUUCCACACCUACCUGAUCUCCCUGAACCAGACCACCAACGAGGACAUUAAAGGGUCCUGGUCGGGAAAGAACAGAAUCCAGAACCCUUACAGCCACAAGAACAUCAUCAAAAACUGCUGUGAGGUUCUCUGUGGGCCGGCGUACCCGAGCGUCUUGGACAGACGAGGACUCAUGCAGGAGGACUCGUCUGUUUUUGAAAACGGUGAAGUUCCCUCCUGUUUAAACAAGCCAGUUCCACAAACCACGAAAACCACAGCUCCACUCAUCCCUAACGAGCACACGCCGGACGAAGUCAAACCCAGCAUUGUUUUUUCAGCAGAGAAGAGCUCCUCCCCCAAAGAGAAGAGCCCCUCCCCCAAAGAGAAAAGCCCCAGAGAAGAGCAUCUCCCGUCGAAGAAGCUUCCACCCUUGGCUUCACCUGAGACCGAUGCAGAGACAUCCAUUGCCAAGACCCAUUAGGUGCACAAGGCAGGCGGCUUCAGGUCUGAGCCGUUCUUCCAGCAUCCUGUUCGAUCCACAACAUUGAUAAUUAAAGUCUGAUUACUG